GAUUUCAGAGGCUUUCGCUUGGCUCAGACCAUGAUUUUUGCCAUCGAAGAAAUCAACAGAAAUCAUCUCCUUUUGCCAAAUGUCACACUGGGAUUCAGGAUCCACGAUGAUUGUGCGUCAUCCAAGAUUGUGACAAAAGCGGCCUUAGCUCUUGUUAAUGGGGAGGAAACCGGUUUGGGUUAUUCUUGCACAGGACAAUCUAAUGUCAUCGGGAUCGUUGGCACACAAGGAUCCUCUGAGUCUAUUGCAGUAGCAAGAGUUAUUGGUCCUUUUCAAGUUCCAAUGGUCAGCUACUUUUCCACUUGUGUUUGUCUCAGCAAUAGGAACGAAUACCCCGUAUUUUACAGAACUAUACCCAGUGACUACCAUCAGUCCAAGGCUUUAGCUCAAAUCAUUAAGAAGUUUGGAUGGACGUGGAUUGCGACUAUCAGAAGCAACAAUGACUAUGGUAACUUUGGAAUGCAGGCAUUUGUAGACAUUGCGCAGGAACUUGGCAUUUGCAUUGCCUUCUCGGAAUCAUUUUAUAGAACAGAUCCACUUGAAAAGUUAAAAAAAAUUGUAAAUAUAAUUAAAUCAUCUACAACUAAAGUGAUUGUGGCUUUUGUUGCUAAAGCGGAUAUGGAGAUAUUGCUCACGGAAAUUAUAAGUCAAAAUGUCACAGGAAUACAGUGGAUAGGAACAGAAGCUUGGAUAACAGCCAAACUCAUUUCUCCAGAAGAAAGUGUAAGAUUUCUCAUUGGGACAAUUGGCCCUGCAAUUCCUAUGUUAGAAGUAAAAGGAUUGCGAGAAUUUCUGCUUAAAAUCCAUCCUUCUAGUUUUCCCGGAAAUGCUUUUGUGAAGAAAUUUUGGGAAACUGCGUUCCAAUGUACAUUCCCAUCAGGAAACACAAGCCAAAUAACUGCUUUAUCCACAUGGCAACAAUGCACCGGCAAAGAAGACCUGACACAAAUACACAAUGUAUAUUCUGAUGUCAGUGUGGAUGGAAGUUCUUACAAUGUGUAUAAAGCUGUGUACGCAUUUGCUCAUGCACUUCACAAUAUGCUCUCGUGUGAGAAAGGAAAUGAACCAUUUAUGAACAAUACCUGUGCACGUGUGUCAAAUUUUCAACCAUGGCAGCUUCUUCACUACCUACAGUCUGUAAAUUUCACAACUACAUCCGGUGACAGGGUUUAUUUUGAUGGAAAUGGAGAUCCGGUGGCCAUGUACGACUUGAUAAACUGGCAAAUCGAUUCGAGAGGUGUUUCUGAAAUUAAAAUAAUUGGAUCCUACGAUGGGUCUGCGUCUCCGGGUCAUGAAUUAACCCUGGACGAGGAGGCUAUUGUAUGGAAGAGUGGUCAAAACAAGAUGCCACGUUCUGUUUGCAGUGAGAGCUGUAUUCCUGGAACAAGAAAAGUUGCCAGAAAAGGCCAACCCGUGUGUUGCUUUGACUGUACAGAAUGUGCUGAGGGAGAAAUCAGCAACAUCACAGAUUCCACAGACUGCAUUAAAUGCCCUGAACAAUAUUGGCCCAAUCAGCAGAGAGAUCGUUGCCUACCAAAGGAAAUAGAGUUCCUCUCCUUUACCGAAAUGCUGGGAGGUGUAUUGCUGACAUUGGCUCUGGUGGGAGUGAGCACCACAAUAAGUAUUGCCAUUGUCUUCUUCACACACAGAGACACUCCUAUUGUUAAAGCCAACAAUUCUGAGCUCAGCUAUCUGCUUCUCUUUGCAUUAACGCUGUGUUUUCUGUGCUCAGUGACUUUCAUUGGCGAGCCCUCAGUCUGGGCUUGCAUGUUGUGCCACACAGCAUUCGCUAUCGCUUUCGUUCUCUGUAUUUCCUGUAUUUUGAUUAAAACAAUCCUUGUGAUUCUGGCGUUUAAGGCAACUCUUCCAAACAACAACAUGGCCAAAUUGUUCGGGCCUGCUCAGCAGCGUUGGAGUGUAUUCCUCCUUACCUCUGUUCAGUGCCUGAUAUGUACUCUCUGGUUAACUAUAUCACACCCAUUUCCCAUGAGAAACACAGAAUAUUACAGAGAGAUUAUCAUUCUGGAAUGUGACCUGGGCUCUGUGAGCGCCUUUUAUUCUAUGGCGGGAUAUAUUGCUUUCCUGGCCGGAGUGAGCUUUGUGCUGGCGUUUCUAGCUCGGAAAUUACCUGAUAACUUUAAUGAGGCUCAAUGUAUAACCUUUAGCAUGCUCACCUUUUGUGCUGUUUGGAUCACUUUUAUACCAGUUUACAUCAGCUCUCCUGGGAAAUACACCGUUGCUGUCGAAGUCUUUGCUAUUUUAGCCUCGAGUUGUGGGUUAUUGUUUUGUAUUUUUGUUCCUAAAUGUUACAUUAUUUUGAUAAAACCUGAAAUGAAUACCAAAAAGCACUUGAUGGGCAAAGUACCUGUAAAUAAAUAG